AUGUCUCCCUACACCAACGGAGCCACGAACGGCACAAAUGGCGCUCGCCGCAACUUCUUUGAGGACUUCGGUGUCUGGAAGGACGCCCCGGUUCUGACGGGCGCAACCAAGUUUGAGCCUCUCCCGGACGUCAAGAACAUUAUGAUCACUGGUGGUGCUGGCUUCAUUGCUUGCUGGCUAGUUCGCCAUCUGACCCUCACUUACCCCCACGCAUAUAACAUUGUCUCCUUCGACAAGCUAGAUUACUGCUCGUCACUAAAUAACACCCGAGCCCUCAACGACAAGAAGAACUUCAGCUUCUUCCAGGGCGACAUCACCAAUCCGUCCGAGGUCGUCAACUGCCUGGAGCGCUACAACAUUGACACCAUCUUCCACUUUGCCGCGCAGUCACACGUCGAUCUGAGCUUCGGUAACUCCUAUGGCUUCACCCACACCAACGUCUACGGCACCCACGUGCUGCUGGAGAGCGCCAAGAAGGUCGGCAUCAAGCGGUUCAUCCACAUCUCCACCGAUGAGGUGUACGGCGAGGUUAAGGAUGACGACGAUGACCUGCUGGAGACCAGCAUUCUGGCACCGACCAACCCCUAUGCUGCCAGCAAGGCGGCGGCCGAGAUGCUUGUCCACUCAUACCAGAAGAGCUUCAAGCUGCCGGUGAUCAUUGUGCGGAGUAACAAUGUGUAUGGUCCGCACCAGUACCCCGAGAAGAUCAUUCCCAAGUUCAGCUGCCUGCUGAACCGGGGCCAGCCAGUCGUUCUCCAUGGUGACGGCAGCCCGACAAGGCGGUACCUGUUCGCGGGUGAUGCAGCGGACGCCUUUGACACGAUCCUGCACAAGGGCCAGAUCGGCCAGGUGUACAACGUUGGCUCGUACGACGAGGUCAGCAAUCUCGACCUGUGCAGCAAGCUGCUGGACCAGUUCGGCAUCCCGCACGAGACCACGGAGGAGCUGAAGAAGUGGGUCAAGUACACGCACGACCGGCCCUUUAACGAUCACCGGUACGCUGUCGACGGCACUAAGCUGAGGCAGCUGGGCUGGGAUCAGAAGACUAGCUUCGCCGAGGGCCUGCGCAUCACCGUCGAGUGGUACCGCCGCUUCGGCGAGGACUGGUGGGGCGACAUCAGCAAGGUGCUCAGCCCCUUCCCCAUCGUCGCCGGCCAGGACGUCAUGUCCGACAAGGAGCCCGUCAGCGACACGCCGCAGCCGCAGCCGGUCAAGAAGCAGAUCAUGGAGGAUGUCAACGGUGCUCCGGCGGCGGUGCCCGUCUAA